UUAAUUUCGAAUAAUCUUGCAUGGUUCCUUACAGAGGAUUCAUUUAAAUAAUCACAAAAUCUGCGAUUGCCGAAACCCCAACUGCCGUAUACCGUAAUAGCAAAUGGCGGAGAAAAUGAGCGGAAGCAACCUCAAGAGUGCAGCCGUGCAUGGCGUAACGAUGGACAGCCAUUUGGAGAUGAAUAAACCGGACAGAAAUGUGUGGCUGAUGAAAUGCCCUACCCUUGUCUCCACAUUCUUCCAACAACAUCUACAUUCUUCUUCAACUCCUCCUCUUAAUUUUGACAAUGACGGCCUCUCUUCCUUUGUUUCUCCUGCGCCAGUCGCUAAAGUCGUCGUCGCCGUUGACCCUCUCCUCUCCAAUGAUGCUACUCAGUUUACCAUGGAAUUGGCUGGCACUUCAUCUGGAAACAUGCCCACUCUCUACUCCAUGGACAUGUCCACAGAUUUUGUUCCGAUGUCUAUAUUUUCUGAGUCAGCUCAAGGAAGGCUUUCUGUGGAAGGAAAGAUAUACCAAAAAUUUGAUAUGAAGCCUCAUCAUGAAAACAGUGAGAACUAUGGAAAAUUAUGCCGUGAAAGGACCAAUAAGUACAUGACUAAAAGUAGACAGAUUCAGGUUAUUGACGACGAUAAUGCCAAACAUAUGAGGCCUAUGCCUGGAUUUUUUGCUACUAAGGCUUCUGGAUCUGCAGAUAAGAAGAAGGUACCAAGUAAGGGAUUAGAAAUGAAAAGAACAAGGAGGGACCGUGAUGAAAUGGAAGAAAUCAUGUUUAAACUCUUUGAGAGGCAACCAAAUUGGACACUGAAACAGCUGGUCCAUGAGACGGAUCAGCCUGAGCAAUUUAUGAAAGACAUGCUCAAACUUCUCUGCAUCUACAAUAAUAAGGGCGCGCAUCAAGGCACUUAUGAGCUGAAGCCUGAGUACAAGAGGUCAGAAGACAAGCCUGAUUCUUGAUUAUUCAUAGCAUAAGCUUUCUUGUCAGAGGCCUUAGCCAUCAGCCAGGGGAAAACACCAACUGUUUCAACUUGAAGACACCAUUCUUUUUGUGCAUAAGAUCAAGUUUAGAGAAAUCCUAUGAUUGUAAUAGUCUAUUGCUUUAUAUAUUCAAAUCAAUUUUCUUCUACUUUUAGAUUGCUUAUCUUUUCAGCAAACUAGUAUAAAUAGGAAAAGCCGCCAGGAACGAAGCAUAUAUUUUUGGAAAAGGGAAGCAUCUGAAAAUCA